AUGACUUUGGAUAGCAGUAUCUCGACCGACGCUUCCACAGAUAUCACGUCGAUAGCCUCAUGGGAUCUCUCUCCAGAAGCCACCACUCCGGCGAGUAAUGGUUCGCGACGCAACACCCACCAAAAGACUCGUACACUGGCUCCCAAUCUGACGCGGCGAUCGCACAAGAAGUCCCGCGGAGGCUGCUUUAGUUGUAAGCAAAGGAAGAUCAAAUGUUCCGAAACAAAACCCGCGUGCGGGAGUUGUUUGAUGAAAGGACUCAGUUGCGUCUAUCCAACAGAGCCGGCAGUACGCAAGUCUAGCAAUUUGCCGCUGAUAAGGCGGAAUCCCACAACUUCCCCAUCUUUUCCAGCUGCCACCUUUUCGAUCCUGGACAUGCGAUUCUUCCAUCACUUUCUCACCAUCGCGUAUCCACACCUGCCAGUUGACAACGACCAUGUCUGGGUCAACGACAUUCCCCAAUUUGCGGAACAGCACGAAUACCUGAUGCAUGCGUUGCUUUCGCUUGGGGCCUCCCACCUCAGUCGCCUCACGUGCGUUGACUAUCGACGAGAAUCUCUGAUUCAUCGCGGUCAGGCUAUUGCUGGCCUCAAUCACGCACUGAGCCAGACGGCGCGUUCUUACGGAGAAGCAGACGCCAUGCUCGCCUCUUGCUACGCCCUUACCUUUCAAGCUUCUUACAUGAGUGAUGGUCUUUCCGAUUUCAUCACCAUGGUCCGAGGAUGCGCCCUUACAACCGAGAAAAUCAAACAAGAGCACUCGCCUACAGCAUUUAACCUGCAACCAGACUGGCACUUCAAAUACAUGGCGCCACGACUGCAGAACUUGCCACCUGUUGACCCGAUCUUGCUACAAGAUGCCUACACAGCCCUUGAGGGAAUUCGACCCUUUUUGACCGGUGGCACUGAGAUAGAUUUUCACGAGGCGCUUGUCGAUGUAAUCACCUCGCUCCAAGCAUCGCCGGCAUCGGGUUACAUACAAUUCAUCGGCGUGUACGGUGUAUGGUAUGAAUUAUGCCACGACGCUUUCAAGACCUUCCUGGACCCAAACAAUCUUGUCGCUCAACUUCUUCUUGCCUAUUUCGUGGGCGUCCAGUUGUUGAUGGUUCCUCUCGCCACACAAGAAUGGCCACAUCGCGCAGAUGUAAGUCGCGUACGCGUGCUGCAGGGCACAGUCGAGUGGGCUCAAGGGAUUUUCCAGAAACUUGAAGACUCUGAGUGGGAUUCGCACCUUGAUUGGCCAAGAAAUGUCAUUGCCACUGUUGUUGCAGAGAUCAAUGGUGAAGUGCUCCAAUUGCCACCUGUCCUGCAGCUUCAUCUGGCCACGCGGGAUAUCACCCCACAGUCGACGAUUCUGACACCCACCUGA